AUGCCUCCAAAUAGAAGAAAGGGCAAGAAUGUGGUUGGGCCGUCUUCAUCUGAACCAGUAAGUGUUAUUUCUCUACUUCAUCCAGACUCUGUUAGAGAUUAUGACACAAACUUCAUAAGUCGUAUUACGGUGAAGCAAUACUACAUCCUGUUUCAUGACACAACCAUAUUUGAUUCUUCACUGUGUAACAACUUUGAUUGGAGAUUUUACUUAAACUCAUUCCUAAAGGAACCAAGGCCAAACCUGGAAACCUUGGAAAAGCUGUCUACUAGAAACCUGAAGAGAAAUCACCACAUACUUCAUUGGAUUGUCACUCGUGUUUUGCGUCCAAGAAAGGGAGGUCACUCUAGGAUUAAUGAAGCUAGGGAAUACUUGAUGUAUAUUCUUGAGAAUAAGUUUUUGAUUAGUUGGCCUUAUUACUUUGUUUCCAGUAUGUUUUCUAUUCGUGAGUGUCACAAGGGAUCAUCUUUGAGUUACUCUUCAAUGAUUAGUAGGAUUCUCAUGCACUUCCAAAUUGAUAUGCAAAAUCUUCCAUGCAUCUCACUUGGGAAAACUCAAGAGUUCAAUGCUACUACAUUAGCAAAUAUGUGGUAUAGGUGGGAUAAGGAUCAACAUGCUUACUAA